AUGUUGACACACGAUGAGCAGCGCAAGGAAACUAUAGACCAUGCGUGGUCUUCAGUCUUCAAUACUCGAUUCGAUGCCGCAUCUUGCACGUUAUCAGACUUGGAUGCGGAACUUGAAGCCGUCAAAAAGUAUCACACGCUCGCACGACAAAAGCGCAAUGCCCUCACGAGUGUCUGCAAGCUUCCAGUAGAGCUCCAGAGCAAGAUAUUCCGGAUUGUGCGAGACGACUGGGAGUUGAAGGACGACGGGCCUCGUCGUGGAAAGCCAAGAAACGGCCUAGGUUGGAUAUUCUUGAGUCAUGUGUGCUCUUCGUGGCGAAAGGUGGCCAUAAGCGAUCCGGUCCUCUGGCGUACUAUCGACUGUCUUAAGAUCCAUCCAAGCGCCAUACACACUAUCCUCCAUCGUGCCGGAAAGCAGGGCUUGAGGAUGACGCUCAACCUUUCGGACUGCAGCCCUUCUACUUUAUCAUCGGCGCUCCAGACGUGGUUGAACCCUUUGAUGUGUCGUCGUACCGAACUGCUAAAGGUGUCUUCCACCGGGUCGACUGUACUGGACUCCCUCCCACGCCACAUGCCGCAUCUCAAGACAUUGUCGCUCAAGUACAGCUUUCCGCGCGGGACCGAACCAUUUCCACAUCAGUUUUUGACUGAGGAAAUGCCAUAUCCCAACCUCACGCACCUCACGUUGUCGAAUGUUCCGAUAUUAUGGCGAUCCACGUUGUUCACUUCCACGUUGACUCGACUUGACUGGUCGCUAGCUUACGGAUGGGAUCCAUCAACUUAUCUCGAGUCUACAGACUUUCCUCGCCUGCUUGCCCAGAUGCCCAAUCUCGAGUCUCUGACCUUGGACAAGGUCUUCGAAGAGGCGUUGGACGGCGGCGAUGCUGUAGCCCCGAGAUAUCCGUUACCUUCUUGCUUUCGCUUCCUCAACCUCCGGUUUCUGUGCGGUGAUACAUGUGCAGCUGGCAUGCUGGACAUGGUGCAUAUACCAGCGGCAACAACCGUCAUUGUGGAGUUGUACAGUAUCAAUAGCGCAUCAAGUAUCGGCCGCAUCGCUGCUGCCCUCUUUCAAGGCGCCUUCGCGGAAGAGCCCGAGCCGCGGGAAUUGAUGGUUGACAAAAGCUGGUUCUACGUCCGGCCGUGGUCAGCCACUUGUCCCGCGCCCGCUGCGAUCCUGAAAUAUACUCGGGGCACUUCUUCUGGGACUUACGAACCGCGCAGUCGCUGCUUGGUUUUCGAGGACGAUAGCGAAGACCCCUACGUUGACUCUGAAGACGAAGACGACACGCGGGCUCUGGCAGACGCUCGUCGCUAUCUUCCUUACAUCCCAUUCGCUUCCAUCACCGCAGUCACGAUUUGCCGAGACCUGGAAUACGGUCUCGAGCCGCGCACGCCAAACUUUUGGUUUGGCACAUUCUGUGUAGCGCGGAACGUUCUUCACCUCCAGGUUCCGCUCACGAGAACGAUCGAAGACUUGUGUUCGGCGCUCGAGUGGAGCGUCAAGUCGGACUUCUUGAUAUUUCCUCGGUUGGAAGUCAUAAUAUUGGGCUUUUCGGCUCGCUCGCGGAAGAAUAAGGCUUUAAAUGGAGCCGACCAGACAUGUGUGGUUUUGGCCCUGGAAAGCGCGUUGAGGAAGAGGGAGGAAGGCGGCGCGCCAGUACGCGAAGUUCGCGUGACGGAGGACGCGAGGUUGUGGGAAGGUGAUCCUUGGAUCGGCGUUCGCGAACUGGUUCAGUUGAACUUCUUCGAAUGA